UGCAAGGUAUUUUAUUAAAGUGGCUUCUACAUUAUAUAUUCAAUUCGCAUCACACAAUGUUUGAUCAUCUUCAGGUUGUUACUCGCGAGUUUCAGCCAAACAAACCUGAUCCAGCCCCUGUCUCUCACAUGGCAUUAAACUGGGAGCUACCAGCGGAGAAUAUUCUGGUCGUUGGUGAUGAUAAAGCUGACGUCAUUAGUGGACACAAAGCAGGAACAAUGACUGCUUUGUUGAUUAAUGAUGCAUCAAAAGCUAGUGAGCUCACCCCAGGGACGCCUCCUUGUGAUAUAGCAAUUUCAUCUUUGCAUCAAUUACUAGAACACCUACAGAAACCUAUCAUCAUUAAACCUUCAGACUAAACAUAACUGUUAAAAUUGUAUGCAUUCUACUUGUUUAUAAAAAUAAUGUUUUUAGCAAAUAAAAAAAAGUUCAGCAGUACACCGUAACUAAUUCUUUAUUGAUAAAGAAACUGAAAAACAGAAUCACCAGUCUUGCCUUUGUUUUCCUUAUUUUCCCUUGCUUUGGA